CUUCAGAUAACCUUUCCAGAAGGCAUUGAUCCCCGGCAUAUCAAUGUAACGUCAAUUGUUGUCAGAACUUGUAUUGGUAUGAAGGAGCAGCUGGCACUGCUUAACAGUCAGCUUCAGCAGGCAUAUCUCAGCAACAGACAACUAGAUAAUGAAGCCUUUGGGUUGAGAAGGGAAGUCAGACUGCUGAACCUGCAGCUUGCUACAUGCAGCUCCACAGCCUCAGCUAUCACCGGCUCUUAUCAAGCGCAGUUACUCAACAGAAUGAAACAACUCCUGGAGACAUUUGAUAAUGAUUCUUUUUUGAUCUUGAAAAUUAUUGCACUCACCAAAGAGCUGAGUACAUUAGAGAGGAGGGUCAAACAUGCAGCUAAUUCCACUGAAACCAUAGAUAUUGGAGUGCUGCAGAGAGAGCUGCAAGACAAGACCAAGGAACUGAAUGUAAAUACGCAGAAGAUUGAAAGAAACCACCCAAACUCAAUACUGAUUCUUCAGAUCAUCUCGCUGCAAAAUCAAAUCUGGGAUUUGGAACACGCAGAAUCUGGAAAAGGACAAACUGGUCGUCAGCCCAGCAAAAGAAUUCUGGCUCUUCAAAGACAGCUGGACGUGAAGCUCAGUGAGCUGCGAGGCACCAGAAAUGCAGAUUCAACUUUGCUGGAGCUGAUUUCUGUGCACAGUAAGAUCACAGCGUUGCAGAGGCGCAUCAGUGUCCUCAUUAAGGAAUCCAGAACUGAUGCUGCUGAUUACCAAAGGCAGUGGAGGCAAACAGUUGAGCUCCUUAAAAAGAAGAUUUCAGAGUUAAAUCGUGAUGAGAACAACAUGGAACUUACCAAGGAAAUUUUGAAGCUGCAGGCCGAGGAGGUCAAAUUCAAACUGUUAAUGACGAAUGCCAAAAAGACAGUUGAUCUCCAACUUCAAGAACUAAGACUUAUUUUGGAGGAGGAGAGGAAACGACAAGAAAGCUUACAGAAGAAGCUGGAGGAAGCAGAUUAUGCCCAGGCACAACUGAUCAUGAAAAUCAUCAGCAUAAUGAAAGAAGUGAGAGAGCUAGAUGAUGAUGAGCAACACCAGACAACAUCACCGAGUCAAACCACCACUCUUCAGAAUCUACUUGAAGCCAAAGAAAGGGAAAUUACCAAAGCUAAGGCUGAAAUAAAUGAUCUGCUGAGGAAACUGCAAUCAAAGAGUGAAGAAUGCUCUAGUUUUGAGGAAAGAUAUGAGGCUGUAAAGACUGAACUGGAACAGCAGGUUGCAGAACUGAACAGAACUGGAGACCCCAAAGCAGCUCUCAUUGUCAGUGCAAUAAACCUGCAUGAUGCUCUAAGGACUCUCACGGAUCAGAUCUCCACCACAGAAGACCCAGACAGGAUCUCAGAACUGCAGGGGCAACUGGAGAAGAAACAAGAAGAACUGAACUCUAAGAUUGCAGACAUAAAGAGACUGAUUCCUAACCCCAAAACAGUUUUAAAAGUCAUUGAGCUGCAGAAUCAGGUAUGGGACCUUCAGAGAAAGGCUGCCAAAGGGACCACUGAUGACCGUAUAGAAGACUUGCAAGACAGAAUGGAAGGCCUUAUCAGUGAACUAGACAACAACGGUGACGACAACACAAAACUGAUGCUGACCAUCAUGGCCCUGCAGAGUCAGGUGGAGCAGCUGCAGAGACAGCUGUCAAACCUCCACACGUCACAAACCACCCAGGCUACCCAGCUCGCAAAUGAUCUUGACACCAAGAAGGAAGAGCUGCAGAAACAUAUCAACGAGCUGAAUAAGAAGAAUGAGACAAACGCCAGGCUGAUUCUCAAAAUCACUAAUCUGCAAAACCAACUCAGAAACCUAGAGAAAAAAAAACACGAUGACAAAGCAAUGUCAACAAUUUCUCACCUGAAGAAGCAACUGAAGGACAAAGAGGCGGAGCACGCUCGUGAUCAAGCUCAGGUUAAGACCCUUCAGACUCUGCUUCAAGACACAGAGAGGGAACGUAGCAUUGCUCAGGCUGCAGUCAGAGAUCUGAACGAAAAACUGACAUUAAAGACUAAAGAAUGCUCUGGUUUUGAGCAAAGAUAUGAGGAGUUAAAGACUGAAUUUGAACAGCAAAUUGCAGAACUGAACAGAACUGGAGAGUCAGAAGCAGCACUCGUUCUUAGUGUGAUAAACCUGCAUGAUGCUGUGAAAACUCUCAUGGAUCAGAUCUCCACCACAAAAGACCCAGACAAGAUCUCAGAGCUGCAGAGACAACUGGAGGAGAAACAAGAGGAACUGAACUCCAAGACUGCAGACAUAGAGAGACUGAUUCCCAACCCCAAAAUAAUUUUAACAAUCAUUGAGCUGCAGAAUGAGAUAUGGGACCUUCUGGCUGCCAAUGAGACCACCGAUGGCAGAGUGAAAGAAUUGCAAGACAGAGUGAAUGGCCUUAUCAGUCAAAUAGAUGACAAAAGCAACGACAACACAAAAUUGAUGCUGCAAAUCAUGACCCUGCAGAUUCAGGUUGAGCAGCUGCAGAAACAGCUGUCCGAUCUCCGGAUGUCACAAACCUCUCAGGUGACCCAGCUCACAAAUGAUCUUAAAGUCAAGAAGGAGGAGCUGCAGAAAUAUGUCGACGAUCUGAAUGAGAAGAAUCAGAAAAACGCCAAGCUGAUUGUGACAACCACUAAUCUGAACAACCAACUCAGAAACCUGGAAAAAGAAAGGCAGAACGAGGAACAAACAAAUUCUGCUGCAAUCGCGGAGUUGAAAGAACAACUGAAGGCAAAAGAGGAGGAGCACUCUCGUGAUCAAGCUGAGAUUAAGGAUCUGCAGGAUAAACUGAACCAGACAGAGGCGCAGUGUUCCAGUUUUGAGAACAAACUUGAAGAUCUGCAGAACGACCUGGAUGCUAAAAUGAAGGAUCUGCAGUCCAAAUCUGAGUCUGUUACUUCACUUGCUCUUCAAGUUUCUACACUAAGCCUGCAACUGGAGGAGCUAAAGAGACAACUACAAAACACUGAAUCUGACACCAAGAUCAAAGAACUUCAAAAAAUUAUAGAUGAAAAAAAUGAGGAGCUGGCCAGAAAAACAGAGGAGCUCAAACAAAGGAGCACUCAACCACAGAGACUUUUACAGAUUAUUGCAAUACAAACACAGAUUGAGAAGUUGGCGACCGUGGCAGCAAAUGACACUGAUUACCGUAAGAUUAAUGCACUCCAGGCUCAUUUGAAUUAUUUGGUUGAAGGAAUUCGAGAUGAAGAAAAUGAAAAUACUAAAUUGGUGUUUAAAAUCUUGGCUCAACGGGAUGAAAUAGCAAGAUUGGAGAAGCAAGAAAAGAUACAAACACAAGCAGCAUCGCAGAAAAUUAAAGAUCUAGAGAAUGAACUGGAGGACAUCAGGAAAAGGAUAGAAGAAAAGACUCAGCUGCUUGAUUUAAGUGAUACGAGGAUUGCUAAUUUGAGUAAAUUUAUGGAACUUCACAAGAAAAUCAAACCACUGGAAAACGAGAUAUCAGACCUUAAAGAAACAAGUACUGAAAGCACUGCAGAGAUUCAAAAGAGACUGGAUUUGACAAAGAAGCAACUACAAGACAGUGAACUUCGACUCAGUGAUGCAGAUGCAAAGAAUUUUGACCUGAUAAUGGAGAUCGCUGAUCUGAGGACACAGCUGAAAAAAGCUCUGAGAAAGCCACCCCUGCCUACUGAAAACGACAGAAACGAAUUGGAACAACAACUACAAACACAACAAAGAGAGAACAGAAAACUUGACAGCAUAAAUAAAGACUUAAGGCAAGAGAUCAAGGAACUGCAAACGUGCUGCACUGAUGAUGACAGCCAGUGUGACGAUUUACAAAGACAACUGCGGCAGAGCCAGGAGGAUGCAGAUCGCCUGCAGCAGCAGCUGCUCACCAAAGAUGCCGACCUUAAACAGCUGCAGCAGGAUUUGGAGCAGAUUGGUAAGGAUAACAUACUGCAGGAAGACUACAACAAGUUAGCGAGACAACUGCAGCAGAGCCGGGAUACAGCUGAUAACCUACAGCAGCAGCUGCUCGAGAAGGAUGCCCAACUGCAGCAGACAUUAGAAGAACACAACAGGGAGAGGAACACGCUGCUGAGUGAAUACGAUUACCUGGAAAAUGAGAAGAAAAAACUUGAGGAUACUGUAAAUGAACUUCAAAGCAAACUGGCUGAUGUGGAAGAUAAGACAAUCUAUACCCAGAAGAUGACCUUUGACCCAAACACAGCUCAUCCAAGAAUAACUCUGUCUGCUGAUAACACUGAAAUGUCCACAAGUGAGGAAAUACAAAAUGUCCCCGACCACCCAGGCCGGUUUGAUGGGGUUCUCGCAGUCCUAGGCACGACUGGAUUCUCAAGUGGCAAACAUUACUGGGAGGUGUCUGUUGGUGGGAAGCUUUGUUUCCACAUUGGGAUGGCCAGUGAAUCUGCUCAAAGACGGGGAACGAUAUCAUUCAAUCCAGGAAAUGGUUUCUGGACUCUAGUCCUGAACAAACAGGGUCAGUACAAAGCUUUGGAUAAGAGAGCCGUUAAUAUUCAAGUUCAGAGGCAGCCUCUUACACUGGGAAUUCUGCUGAACUACAAAAAGGGAGAGAUUGUUUUUUACGACGCUCAUGCCAGAUCUCAUAUGUACUCAUUUGUAGGUCAAAGCUUUACAGACAAAAUCCAUCCAUUUGUCAAUUUUUGUGUUGAGGACACUCAAAAUCAGUCACCGAUAACAUUACUCCCUCCUGGAUCGGUUGACUGGAUAAAAUAGUGAACAGGGCAAGUUGUGUUUUUUGCCUGUGAUACAUCUCAUACAUGCUCAUCUAAAAACAAUCCCUAUGAGUGCAGAAUAUUUCUCAGGCACACAUCUCUUAGUACUGCCCUCGAUUGUUUCAGGCAAUAAAACACUGACAAAUAAA